CGAAACCCUAAAAACUAUCAAUAGGUUCAGACAUUCUGGCAACCCUACACCUGUCAGCUGUUACCAUACAAAAAUGUCCAAUUUGCGGCGCCAGGUUCUCAGUGCUUUCAAGAAGCUCCACCGUACACGACAAUACGUUUUCCAGGGGGAUGCCAAUGCCCUGGCGGCGGGACGACUAAAAAUAAACGAAUCUUUCCUGCAGAAUCGCAAUGAAAGCAGCGAGGAUGAGAUUCAAAAGAUGAUCAAGCUGGCGCAGGACGUAGAUUUGGAGCUGCGAACGAAUGUCAUCCAGGCCCAGAAAAAAGAGGACGGUGUUUAUGAACUGAGGAUCACGCCUGAGACAACGCGACUCGACAAUGUGGUAUUUAAUCCUGACGCAAUUAUCGAAAAACCGCGCAGGCAACGCGGCGACAAAAACACUGAAGGUUGCUGCGGUGGCGCUGCGAUGGCGGCGCUGGAAGCCGAAGUCCAGGCCCGCAACAAAUAGGAAUAUAUUUAAUAUUUAGCUGUAGUCAAGAUGGUUUUGUUCUGAUUAAUUACGUCGUUUAUCUUUAA